AUGGCAGACAGCUCCGCCGAGGACAUCUUUGUGGACUCACCGGAAACUUUGCAUACGACAACUGACAGAACCGAUCACGGAUGUCAAACUGAGCUAACGGGAACAUCGGGGAACCUUCAUCAAGUGAGCAGUGACUCCACCGGCCGGAAGACCCAGUUUGCCCUGAACGACACCACCUCCACAUCAGAAAAGUCCAAAUGUUCGACAAUUGUGGGAUGGGACGGCGAUGAUGACCCAGAGAAACCUUUGAACUUCAACACAACGAAAAAAUGGGCGAUCACAAUCACACUUGCAUUGAUGACUAUCUGCGUCACUUUUGCCUCGUCAGUAUUUAGUACUGCAACUAUCGUCACGGCAAAGCAAUUCCACGUCUCACCAGAGGUUAUGGUAUUGGCGACCAGCCUCUUCGUGUUAGGAUUUGCGUUCGGACCUAUAAUCUUCGGACCCAUGUCGGAGUUGUAUGGGCGAAAGCGACCGAUGUUUUUGGGCCUCUUUGUUUUCGCCAUUUUCCAAAUCCCCGUUGCUGUCGCACAGAAUCUACAGACGAUUUUUGUUUGUCGGUUUUUGGGAGGGUUGUUUGCGAGUUCGCCGCUGGCUAUUGCUGCGGGAAUUCUAGCCGACUUGUUUGAGCCCGUUGAUCGUGGAAUAGCAGUGACAGUCUUUGCAGGGGCAACAUUCAUCGGUCCUGUCGCUGGUCCAAUCGUCGGCGGCUUCAUCACCAUGUCACAUCUAGGAUGGCGAUGGACAGAGUAUAUAACAGCAAUCAUGGCAUUCUUCUUUUCCUCACUCGGAUACCUUAUUAUCCCGGAGACAUUUGAAGCAACAUUAUUGACUUGGCGCGCACAAAAGCGCCGCAUUGAAACAAACAAUUGGGCUCUGCACGCCCAAGCAGAGCAAAUGGUCAUCAAUCCCAAAGACAUUGCAACGAGAUACCUUUCGCGACCAUUUAUCAUGUUGGCACUUGAGCCGAUUUUGACUCUCAUCACUCUCUACAUGGGUUUUAUCUAUGCAUUUCUGUAUCUUUGUUUCGAGGCAUAUCCCAUCGCAUUCCAGAGACUACGUGGAUGGAACAACGGUGUCGGCGCUCUCCCAUUUCUUGGCCUACUGGGUGGUGUGUUGGUCGGCUGUGCAAUUACCAUUUGGUUUUCUCUGACACGAUUCAAACAUAUUAUGGAGCACAUGGGACAUGUUGAACCUGAAGAGCGUUUACUUCCCAUGAUGGUCGGCGGCAUUCUCCUCCCCACGGGCAUGUUCUGGUUUGCAUGGACAUCUAACCCAGGGAUUCUUUGGGUCCCGGAGGUCUUGUCCGGGAUAUUUCUUGGGUCUGGAGUGUUAUUGAUAUUUAUCCAGGUGAUUUCUCCCAAUGGUGUGCCCUUGGUAGAAAAGCACUGA